CCUUCUCAAUUUUUAGCAAAAAAUGGUAAACUUAACUGUUCAAAAACGCUUGGCCGCUUCUGUCCUUAAGUGUGGACAACGUAAAGUCUGGUUAGAUCCCAAUGAAGUCACUGAAAUUUCCAAUGCCAACUCUCGUGCCAACGUCCGUAAGCUUAUCAAAGAUGGUUUGAUUAUUCGCAAGCCCCAACUCUCUGCUUCCCGCUUCCGUGUCAAGCAAAGAAAUGCUGCUAAACGUGAAGGUCGUCAUAUGGGUCAUGGUAAAAGAAAGGGUACUGCUAAUGCUCGUAUGUCCAGCCAAGUCAUCUGGAUGCGUCGUAUGCGUGUCUUACGUCGUUUGUUAGCUCGUUACAGAGAAGCUGGUAAAAUUGACAAGCACUUGUAUCACCAAUUGUAUUUGAAGUCCAAGGGUAAUGGUUUUAAAAAUAAGAGAGUGUUGAUGGAACAUAUUCAUAAGGCCAAGGCUGAAAAAACUCGUACCAAGACUUUGGCCGAACAAGCCGAUGUAUUGCGUGCUAAGAAUAAGGCCCUUCGUGAACGUCGUUCUCUUAAGAAGUCUGCCGAAAAGAUUGAAGUUUAGAAUAUUUUAUUUCUUUUUUGCUCUUGUAAAGCUCGAAUGAAACAGAUGAACUCUAUAGCAAACUAUAAUAUUUAUGAUACAGUCAGGCUUAUAGACUUUGGCGUUUUCUCAAUAAAUGCCCAUAUUAGCCGGAUAUUACAUUAGAUAGGCUUUUUUUGUGUUUGUCUCUUCUAAAAAUAUUUAACGUGCAAAACGAAAAUAUGUGAUAAAAAGGGGUACUGAAAAAUCUGUCCAGCACUUUGUCACAUUUUUUUUUAAACUCGACUACUUACACCACUCUCAAGAGCCGCCUACAACUCCUCGGUUAGGGCACCUAUUGCUCGACUGGUUACCCUCUUCCCCU